GCCUCCAGUGCACGUGCCGACGUUCUUUUUGCGCCCACAAAGCGUCUGACGCUCCGAGUUCGCGCACGAACAAGACAUCGCUUUCGGUCCAUCCUCGUUUCUCCAGCAGCCAACGCUGAUGUCCGACUACGACGACGACUCCGACACUGGGUUCCCACCUGAGGCGCCAACGGAGCCCCAGUCCGACGCCAGUGAGGGCGUCGAAGUCACGACCUUGCAAAUCGACUCGACCAUCAUCUGGGAGGGGGAACUGGUCUUCGAGCAGGCAGGAUACGCGGAUGCGUUCGCCAACCUGGUCGCCGAGACGGUCCGGGAGAUGGGCAGCCCUCGUCGGCUGUCGGCCAGCGAGCAAAGUGAUGACGACAGCUACGACGAGGACGACGACGAGGUGAAGGAGGACGAGGAUCCCCUUGACGCCAUCUCGCGCAAUGACGAGACCAUCCGCCGUCUCGAGGAGCUGGUGGAGCAGGGAGAGAUGAUGAUGGCGGAGCUGCAGACUGCCGUCGUCGAUUUGCUGGUCGCUGCCCGCAGGCCGCGGCUGACUGCGCGCCGUCGCUUGGGGUCCCGCCGUGCCCCGUAGCGUCACCGCCGGCGUCAGCGCCACCUGCGUGGCUGGGCUUGCUCGUCCUCUGCUCGUCUGGGCUUGCACCAAUAAAAUCACCGCGUUGGG